UCUCUCUCUCUCUCCAUUUCCUUUUUUUUUUUCCCUGCCCUUUCUUUGUUGUUUUUACUAAUUCUUUUGCUCUCUCAUUUCUCCCACACCCUCUUGUUUUGUUUUUCUGUUCCAAAAGCAAGGCAACCCACAUGCCUGUUUUUGUCUUUGGAUGAUCAACCAACCCCAUACUAAGAAAGAAAGAAAGGCAACAAGCAACUCUGAAAGCAGAUGAUGUCUGAGAAUUUGAAGCACUGUUAAUGGAGCUAAUCCUGAUCACCAUAUAUGGAUAAUCUCCACUAAUUGUACAUCAAAAUGGCUUUUCCUGAUUCUUUAUCCUCUCAAUUGUGAACUAUCUCCUCAACUACCAAGUCCACAACUUCAUCAUGAAAGCGACUAUUGACCUUGAAGUGGAGGCCUCCUCAGCAAAUGAGUCUGAUGUUAGCAGCCAUGUUGCUUCCAACGUAUCUGUCCAAGAAACUUCUGCGGGGUCCUCCAAUGAGAGCCUCACUAAUUGUUCUUAUCUCACAAAUACCGCAAUGCCAGGUCAAGCAGGAUUUGAACCAGUUACCCUGGAUUUGACUCUUAGCUUCAAUAACGAUGAUUUAGGUGCAAGGGAAUCGAUAGGACUCUCGUUAUCAAGCACGAGCGAGAGCAGCAAUGAACCUUCAUCCCUCAACACUGCAGCAGCAGCAGCAGCCAUAACAAGAGUAUUUUCUUGCAAUUACUGUCAACGCAAAUUUUACAGUUCACAGGCUCUUGGCGGUCACCAGAAUGCGCAUAAGAGAGAACGGACACUAGCAAAACGCGCUAUGAGGAUGAGCAUUUUCUCAGAGAAGUAUACAGGCCUGGCUUCUCUCCCUCUGCACGGGUCCUCCUUCCGGUCUCUGGGGAUAAAAGCACACUCGUCUAUGCACCAUGGGUUGGUGCCAUCGGUGAGAACUCCUGAGAUGAGAAGCAGUGCAAGAUUUGAACAAGGGUAUUUUGGUGUGCCGAUUUUCUUGCAGGAUGAUGAGGCCGAGCUGUUGUGGCCAGGCAGCUUCCGUCAGGUUGCGGCCGAGACAAGCAACACUCAACCUAGUUUUGUAUUGACAGGAGGAAGUUCAAACUUAAAUUUUGUAGAGGUGACACCAACAGCAGACAUAGACAACUCUGCACCAGAUCUCACACUGAAACUUUGAAAGGUUUGCUCAAUUUCGAAUCUGGUUACGACGUUUCCGCUGAGUUGUUCUCUUUCUGUACAGUAAGAUGAGCAUCAGCCAUGGCUGCAAGUUGCUAUCCUUGACACUUUUUGUUGUUCUCUGCUUUCUGUAAUCUUCACUUUGGCAUUUUUUUUUCUUACUUUGCUCGUCAGUGUAUAAGUGUUU